AUGGGAGAUGCUUCUCAUGCGUCUCAUGUUAGGUCUCGUACUUAUGCUGAUCAGGUGAAGGGGAAGCAACAGCUUCCAACAACAUCUAUUGAUCUCAGUUCUUUACCAUUGCCAACGUUAAAAGAAGGCAAACCAGCGAUUGUUUUACCUGAAUCUUUCUAUUUGGAAGGUUGUGAUAUUUGGAAAUUCAGCCUUAUUGGACGUUUAGAUUUCAAAGGAAUUACUUUCCAAGAGGUGAAGGAUGAUUUGGAACAUCAAUGGCAGCUAGGUCAAGGUGCGGUUCAGCUAAUUCCUAUGAGUAGAGGUUUCUUCACCAUCAAGUUACAAUUCCAAACAGCAAAAGACAAGCUUUUGAAUGCUGAAGCUUGGUUUUUUAGGCAUCAAAAGCUAACCCUAAUUGAAUGGUUUCCUGGUUUUGAUGCUGAAAAACAAAGAUCAUCUCAUGCUUCCGUGUGGGUUUCUUUUCCAGGAACUCCAAUUGUGGUUGAUAGACGUACUCUUGCUCAUGAAUAUGGUCACUUUGCAUCAGUUUUGGUGGAUAUUAAUUUUGCUGAAGCAGCUACUGAUGCUAUUCAUAUUACGGUUGGGGGUUUAGAUAUUUGGCAAGCUGUUGAGAUUCAAAAAGUUCCAAAAUAUUGUUCCAAGUGCAAGUUGAUUGGGCAUACUGAUCAUGAAUGUAGAAAGCAGCACAAGGAAAAUACUGAGCGACAACUUGUGGUAAGCAAACAAGUUAGCGUUGAUGAUUCUCAACCUGGCGUGAGCAAUAUUCCUAAACCUGCUGGUGGGGAAUGGCAAGUGGCUAGGCGUAAGAAGAAGGGUAAGAAAAAAUCUCACAACGUCAAUGUAGAUGUUCGUGAUGUUGUUGAUAAUAUUGCUGGUGAAGAAGCUGAUGUGGAGUUUGCUGCUAAGCUGGUGAAGGCUCAGCAGUUGGAGGUUGUUAUGGCACAAGCCAAAGCUGAUUUUGAAUCUGUCUAUGUUGAAUUGAUAUAA